GAGGGCGGCGGCAGCGGCAGCGGCAAGAGGAGGAUGGCCGCGGGUGCUGGCGCCAGUGCGGACGGCGGUGCUGGUGGUGGCGGCGGCGGGGGUGACGGCAGCUGUCCCAGCAGCAGCGGCGGGAGGAGCCUCCGGGAAAUGGAUGAAAAGAGGCUGCUGGAUCCAGGGUUGAAGGCUCAUAAAGGUCUCUGGGAUCAUAUUCUGAAGAGCCAGCAGAUGGAAUGCCUGAGUGACUGAAGAAAAUGGGUGCUAAUGCAUCUAACUAUCCUCAUUCAUGUUCCCCAAGGGUAGGGGGAAACUCACAGGCCCAACAGACUUUUAUAGGGACAUCAUCCUAUUCUCAGCAAGGCUAUGGUUGUGAAUCAAAAUUAUAUAGCCUUGACCAUGGGCACGAAAAACCACAAGACAAAAAAAAGAGAACCUCUGGCCUUGCCACCCUCAAAAAGAAAUUUAUUAAGCGUCGAAAAUCUAAUCGGUCUGCUGAUCAUGCCAAGCAGAUGCGAGAACUCCUCUCUGGAUGGGACGUUAGAGAUGUCAAUGCGUUAGUGGAGGAAUAUGAGGGAACUUCAGCCUUAAAGGAGCUUUCUCUACAAGCCAGUUUGGCUAGACCAGAAGCCCGGACAUUGCAGAAAGAUAUGGCUGAUCUUUAUGAGUAUAAGUAUUGUACUGAUGUAGACUUAAUAUUUCAAGAAACUUGUUUUCCUGUUCAUCGUGCCAUUUUGGCAGCAAGGUGUCCAUUUUUUAAAACACUGCUUGCUUCCUCGCCUGAAUAUGGGGCAGAGAUAAUAAUGGACAUCAAUACAGCUGGUAUUGAUAUGCCCAUGUUUUCUGCUCUGUUACACUACCUUUAUACAGGAGAGUUUGGAAUGGAGGACUCAAGAUUUCAAAAUGUUGACAUCCUUGUUCAACUUAGUGAAGAAUUCGGAACACCAAACUCCCUUGAUGUAGAUAUGCGUGGACUCUUUGAUUAUAUGUGUUAUUAUGAUGUCAUCCUAAGUUUUUCUUCAGACUCUGAACUGGUUGAAGCUUUUGGGGGAAAUCAGAACUGUUUAGAUGAAGAGCUGAAAGCCCACAAGGCUAUUAUUUCUGCACGGUCUCCAUUUUUUCGAAAUUUAUUACAAAGGAGGAUACGGACUGGUGAAGAAAUCACAGACCGAACCUUGAGAACUCCCACAAGAAUUAUUUUAGAUGAAUCCAUUAUACCAAAAAAAUAUGCAAAGGUGAUACUGCACUGUAUGUAUACUGACAUGGUAGACCUCUCUGUUUUACACUGUAGCCCCUCUGUGGGGAGUCUCAGUGAAGUUCAGGCUCUUGUCGCAGGGAAGCCAAGCAUGACUAGGGCAGAAGAAGCCAUGGAACUUUACCAUAUAGCACUGUUCUUGGAAUUUAACAUGCUUGCACAAGGCUGUGAGGAUAUCAUUGCAGAGAGCAUCUCAUUAGAUACCUUAAUUGCCAUCCUCAAGUGGAGCUCUCAUCCAUAUGGCUCUAAGUGGGUACACCGGCAAGCUUUGCAUUUCCUCUGUGAGGAAUUGUCCCAGGUCAUGACUUCGGAUGUUUUUUAUGAACUCAGCAAAGAUCAUCUGCUUACUGCUAUCCAGUCUGACUACCUACAGGCAAGUGAACAAGAUAUCCUUAAAUAUCUAAUUAAAUGGGGAGAGCAUCAGUUAAUGAAAAGAAUAGCAGACAGAGAACCAAACUUAUUGAGUGGAACAGCACACAGUGUGAACAAAAGAGGAGUGAAACGACGAGACCUGGAUGUCGAGGAGCUUAGAGAGAUCCUUUCUUCUCUCUUACCUUUUGUGCGAAUUGAACACAUCUUACCCAUAAACAGUGAAGUCUUAAGUGAUGCAAUGAAAAGAGGUUUAAUUAGUACUCCUCCAUCAGAUAUGCUUCCUACAACAGAAGGUGGAAAGUCAAAUGCCUGGUUACGGCAAAAAAAUGCUGGUAUAUAUGUUCGACCUCGGCUGUUCUCCCCCUAUGUGGAAGAAGCAAAGUCAGUGCUGGACGAGAUGAUGGUGGAACAAACAGACCUUGUGCGGUUGCGGAUGGUCAGAAUGUCCAACGUGCCAGACACACUUUACAUGGUCAGCAAUGCUGUGCCACAGUGUUGCCACAUGAUCAGCCACCAGCAGAUCAGCAGUAACCAGUCAAGCCCUCCUUCAGUGGUAGCCAAUGAAAUUCCAGUUCCUCGUCUCCUCAUCAUGAAAGACAUGGUCAGACGCCUGCAGGAACUGCGGCACACGGAGCAGGUGCAGAGAGCCUACGCACUGAACUGUGGGGAGGGUGCCACGGUCAGCUAUGAAAUCCAGAUUCGAGUACUGCGGGAGUUCGGACUCGCGGAUGCUGCUGCAGAGCUCUUGCAGAACCCUCACAAAUUCUUUCCUGAUGAACGUUUUGGGGAUGAAAGUCCACUCCUGACAGUGAGACAGCCUGGGAGAUGUCGCAUUAACAGUACCCCUACUGCGGAAACCAUGUUUACAGACCUGGACUCUUUCAUGGCUUUCCAUCCACCCCUGCCCCCCCCUCCCCCUCCAUACCACCCUCCUGCUACUCCAAUCCAUAACCAACUCAAAGCAGGCUGGAAACAAAGACCUCCCAGUCAGCACCCUUCACGUUCGUUUUCUUACCCCUGUAAUCAUUCACUGUUUCACUCCAGAACAGCACCCAAAGCUGGCCCUCCCCCAGGCUAUUUGCCAGGUGUUAAAGCAGCACCACCUGAUUGCACCAACUCCACAGGGCUGGGGAGACAGACAGUCGCUGCUGCCGCUGCAGCUGCUGCUGCCUCAGCAGCAGUGGCCUCUGAAAAACAAACGGGUACACAGCCCGUGCUGAAUGAUCUGAUGCCAGAUAUCGCCAUGGGCAUAUCCACACUGUCACUCAAGGACAGGAGGCUUCCAGAACUUGCGGUAGACACAGAAAUAAGCCAGCCAGUCUCUGAAGCAGGAACAGGGCCUCCCCAGCAUCUCUCGUGUGUUCCACAGAGGCAUACACAUACUUCUCGGAAAAAACAUACACUAGAACAAAAACCAGACACUAGAGAAAAUCCGCAGGAAUACCCGGAUUUCUAUGACUUCUCAAAGGCUGCUUGCAGCCCUUCCACUCCUGCUCCUGGCAGAUGUGCCCCUUCCCCUCCACAAGGCGGAUAUUUUGGUCCUGAUUUGUACAGCCACAGUAAGGCAUCACCAAAUGGCUUAAAGUCAGCCUGUCUACCCAGUCAGACCUCUCCUAAAACACAGGAAGAAGCAAGGAGAGAGUACCCACUUUCCUCUGAUGGCCAUUCACACAGGCAGAAGAGUGAGCUGAUUCGUCUGGAUGUUGUUGAGCAACCUCCCCCACGGUCUGACUUUCCUUUGGCAGCACCAGAAAAUGCUGGUAAUGGUCCACCCCAUGUCAGGGGACGGAAUGGAGUAGAAACUGACUUGACUUUCGGUCUGACUCCUACUCGACCUUCUUCACAUUCUGCAUGUAGCUCCGAGGCUCCAGAAGAACGACCCAGUAGAAGACUGGCUGACAGUGAGUCUCUGGGCCACGGAGCUCAGAGAAGCACAGAUUUGGAAAGGGAAGAUUCCAUAAGCAGAGGAAGGAGGUCUCCAAGCAAGCCAGACUUCCUCUACAAAAAGUCUGCCCUCUGAGAGCCACCUCCAAGUCCCCUGUGCCUGAGAAGUGAGACAUCCCAUUGAGUGAUGUAACCCAACAACUUACUGACCAGUUUAUCAAUGCCAGCUCAGUUUCACAUUGUUUUAUUCUGGGUUUUGUGUGUAUAUAUGUUUAUUACACAUGGCAUGCUAAGAGGGUUACUUUGAAUGUUGCAUCUGUCUGUUUUAUGUUUGAACAACUGUAGGGAACCAUUUUAAAGAGCAAGCAAGCUGGCACUUUUUUUCCCUCUUUAUAUUGGAAAAUUUUGCACUUGUACAUUUAUUUUAUCUGUAUUGAUUUUAUAGCAGUAUGUUAAACUUUAUUGCCACAUUUAAAAGACUGUAUUUUCAUACUUUUUUGCAUUUUAUCUUUCAUCUACCAAUUUCCAUGUGCAUUGGAUUGCACACUAAGAUGUAUUUUCUUAUGAAAUAGUUCCGUGUUUAUUUUUUAAUUAUAGAAAUUCCAAAGAACAGCACAUCAAAAUGCUCCUGUCUUUUUAGUAAUUGUUUUAGUUCAGAAAUCUUCCUGCUCAGUUCCCAUAAAUCUAAUGUCAUUCUUCAGUAAGUCUUGGGAGCUGGUCUUCAUUCCCCCAGCAAGAGUCCAUUCCAGGGUCCUGAAAUUUUCGGGUCAGUAAGAACAGGAAGAAGAAAGGCCUUUGGUGCCCAAGCUGAAGCUGUCACUUUGUUCACAGUGUGGACGCUGUCAGGACCCUGCAGAGUCUGCUUAUGUGGAUUAGGGUGUUGCAGAUUUGCUCACUGGAUGAGGCUCGAAGGAGGUCUCCCUAGGAAUGGGAAACUGGCAGAAAUCUGAGAGGAUUUCUGGCUCUGUGACACUUGGCUUCCCUGGUUGAAAGAACUGCCUGCUGCCUUUAGUUGUCUUGCUUUCUAUGAGAAAAAACAAAAGGGCUUCAGUCUUAUGGUUGUUAUUUGGUAUUUGUAAGCAUAUGUUUCCUUUUAAAUGUUUUUCAAAGUAUGUCUGAAUUUUGUUGUCCUAUAAAAAGUUGUUGUAUAAUACAUAAUGCUUUUUCACCAAAAAAGAAGAAGAAGAAAUUUGUUUGCAGUUAAACACUACAUGUCCUACUUGAACUUCACUAGGGAUGUGCUGGUUCGGCAUUUACUGAACCACUGAGCACAUGGGGUCUUUAAGAUCCUCUCCCUUGGAAGGGCAGCAUGUGAGCUUAGGACUGUUUUUCUUACUCUCCUAUGUAAAUAUGUUAGUAUUUGAGUUUUUAAAUCACUUAGACAUCAUUUGAACUUUCACUUUGUAUUUUUACAAACACAGCCGUAGCACUUAGAAGAAAAGAGACUUCCUAAAUGUCCCUUCAUAGGAAGGAUAUUUGGAAACCUCUUUUCAAGAUAUAUAUAUGUCACAGAUAUAUAUCACAGAUAUAUAUAUAUAUAUAUAUAUAUAUAUAUAUAUAUAUAUGUCACUAUGAAUCACUCACACUCUAAAACUAUGCAGGGCUUGGGAGCCUUUACAAGCUACCAUAUAAAUGAAUUACAUGCACUUUGAAAUAAAUAGGUUCUAUUGGGUGUCAACAACUCUGAUUUCUCCCAAAACUGUAGUUUCUCUUAUGGUCUUUUCCUACUUUACCCUGUGGAUAUACACUCAGGAAUAAUCUGACAUUUUAAAAAAUCCUAAUAGUAGAUAAUCUCAAAGAUGGGAACCAUGUCAGUCUGUCUGUGUACACCGUCAGACUGCCGCCCCUUGUUCUGCUGCCUGACUAGUCAGCUGCUACUAGUGCAUUUAUUGGCCGUGGUGGUGUGUUCUGAGCUGUUAACCUCCCAGAGGUCACAUUCAUUUGCUGUGAGAUCGGCUCACAUCACCUUUAUGGCUCCUUUUUUAAAGAUGGAAAAACAGGACUGUCCUCAUUUUUGAAUUUUAGCUCUUUUAAUAGAUGAUGGUAUGUUUGAAGUCCAAUCUCUUCAGAAAAAAAUUAAGCCUAUGAUAUCCCUUAUUGUGUGGUUAGACACAUGUGUAGACAUGAACUGUUUUAGAUUUCUCAAUCAGACUGUUCUGGGUUGAUACUGAAGAUAAAAACCUACUUUGGGAGUGAAAAAAAGCUUUCUCAUCUCUGACCUGUUUGUUUUUGCUAUUUUUCCCCACGUUAGACCAUUGUUGUUGAUCCCACACAUUAAAUUUUUGAGUGUUCAUUAAAUAUUUUUUAUAUCUCCAAAUGGAAUUGUAAAAAUUAGUGAUCAUUAUUCAUAGUAUUGUUUAAUUUAUGAAGUUUGCUUUUCAUAGCUUAGUUUACCAGGCUAAACUAUGUGUAUAGAGGGAAAUCUUGCUUUAAUCUGUGGGAUUGUGGAUUAAUGUGAUUUGCAGAAGAUAAACGUGGUUUUUAUGUGUGUUAGGUUAGGUGUUGAUGGACUUGUAAUGUAUCUUGUGAAGUAUGGUUAAUAGGGUAGGUUGAAUAGCUAUGUGCCUCUAGCUUUUGAACCCAUCUAUUGAAUCUUUUUCAGUGCUGUACUAAGAUAAAUGUGAAGUCUGAGCAAAGUUGCUCUCAGAAAAGAAAAAUAAUGUAUAAUGUAAAACUUAGGAACAGGAACUGGCAUUUCACUUGGUAUAAAACUGUAUUGAGAACCAAAUCACAAAAAUUGCAGAUCUCCUUUUGAGGCCAUGGACAAUCAGGCCAUUUGGACAAUCAUUACUUGCUGCGCCCGCCGUGUGUUAGGUUAGAGAACCACCAGUGAGGUGCUAGCGCAGAGGAGGAGAGUCAGAUUUCUUAAAGAUGCUGUUGAUCCUUUUCUAUGUGAUUGUUUUAGUCUUGUGAUUUUGAAGAGUAAUUUAAGUUCAAAAGCAACCUGUGGUUCCUGGGGAAACAGUAUCAGCAUGAAAAGCCAAAAUCACUCGCAUGCCCAUCUCACACAUGCCCCCUUUAACUUUAUUUCUAGGCACGUGUUCCUGGACCCAAAUAGCCUGACGUGUUGAUAACCUGCUAACUUCUAAGGGUUUUUGCAGACUUUUUUUUUUGACACAAGGUCUCACUAUGUAUCCCAGGCUGGCCACGAACUCACAGUGAUUCUGCUUCCUCAGCCUCCCUAGCGCUGAGAUUACAGGUGUGCGCCACUAUGCCUGGCUUAUAUUUAUCUUUUUCUAGAACUGUCUGUGAAACUAAUUCUUGUUUUUACUUUCUCAAAAACUGGUUUUUCAUUUUUGAGUUUUUUGGCGUGUUUUGUUUUGUUAAUGCUUGUCAUCCUUCAUCAGUUUUCCUUUGGUUGGUAGUUGGGGUUGUAGCAGCAGGCAGUCUUGGACAUUUGAACAAAGUUGAUGCUGCAGAAGGUGAAGGGGAGAGGAGAUGCAGUUCCCGUCGACGGAGGCUCUAAGCUGACCUCCAGAGUUGAAACAUCAACACUGCCCAUUAACUACUCAGCAAGGUAGAUCUCUCUCUCUCUCUCUCUCUCUCUCUCUCUCUCUCUCUGGUGGAACCAGGGAUCAAACUCACAACCUUGCACUUGCCAAGCAGGUGUUUAUGCCGCUGAGCUAAAUCCCCAGCCCCUUCUUUUUCCUUUUUUUCACUAUUUAAUUCCAUGGCUGGUUUCUAGUGCCCCAAGGCUGAGAUAAGCCUUGGUCAGGUCAGUUUGCUGUGUGGCUCUGGGACCUGAGGAUGCCAGGCUCAAAUCCUGUUCCAUGGCUCAUGUUAUUCUCAGUCUUUAGCAUCCCUUGCAUGUAAAUAUCCUCCUCUUGAUGAGCAGCUUUGCCAGGACAGCAUCAAUAUCACAUUCAAGAAUCCUUGACAAUUCUUUUGUUGAUCUUUAAUCCCUAAACAUUGGGUCCACUUUUCCUCACCUAUAUUUCCUAUUUUGCAGAGAUUUGGGGAAUUUUAUCGGUGCAAGUAAAUCAUGCCCUUCUAGCCAUAAGGCCUUAAGGUAUGAGAACAUGCUUGCGCCAUGUUUCUCUACCAAGUCAGCUUCCAUCAUUUCCUGUCCAACACCAUGUAGGAAACUUGCAUAAGAGAGACCUUCAUCAAUAAAUGCUUUCAUAGUCAUAUAUGGAGUCAUCUCAGCAAAGGUUGUCAUUAACUUGAGAGAUGAAGGCACAGCCAGUGGGUUGAUUCCCUAGUUCAAGAAGACUCAAGUAUUUUCACAUCCAGUCAGACGUGUAAAGGUCUGCCGUUGUUGCGGUUGCACCCACCCUGACAGCAGCAAACACAGCAUUAAAUCAUUUUCUUAUGUGCUCAAGAGGUUCUACAGUGACUUCCAAAGUCACAGCCUUGUUCUGAAGGUCAUCUCUGGCUUUAGUCCCAGGAAAAACCCACAGUGCAUGGAUUCCCUUUUCAUUUGGAAGUCCUCUAUCCAGUAUCCUGAAAAUGCAUCAUACAGUUGUGGGAAACUGGGGGGAAGGGUUGAUAGGACCUCUCUUACACCCCCUCCUAGUGCUCUUGGAUGCGCUCGGCAGCUGGCCCAUCGUUGUAGUGACUGCUAAGACCACUUGGCAGGAGAAGGAAGGGUAACUGGUUGACCUGCACCACCUACUUCUAAUAUAAAAGAUGUGGUAUCCCAAAUAGGUAUUUACAUAGUGUUGUAUUUGCCUUUUAGGAAAAAAUGUAUCUCAUGAAAGACUUGUAAGAUAGUUGUUUUAUAAUUACAAGGCAUUCUUUUUAUCUUUGGACAGAAUUCAAAGGGAAAUGCUUUGACUUCAGGUGUUCAGUUGACCUUCAGCUCUCUGUCAUCACUAAUGAAGCUGCAGUGGCGGGUGCUAUUCCCAAGUGUGCAAUGGUUCACUUUGUCUACUUGUGGUUUACUUUCAAACCUUAUUACAGAAAAUCUUGCUGAAAAGGUUACCAUACUCACCGCUGGAAGGUAUUUCACUUUUUCAUCAACCCUGUUGUAUGAACAAUGUUUUAGGAAAUGUUAUCUUUUUGUCCUAUCAGUUGCAGUAGCUGUCGUGUAGUUAUUGUCUGGUCAAGUCCUUUGAUUUUUUUUUUCUUCUUCAGAAAAAUCCUCAUACCGUGUGUUAGUCUUUCGGUAUUCUGGAUGUGGUUGUUUUCAUAGAAGGGUUACUUGGAAGUGUGUGUCUUGAAAAUAACCUCUGGUGUUUGUGUGUGUAUGGGUGGGUUCUGUCUGAGAUCAGAUAAACUGCGGAAGCUUCCUGGGGCACCUGCAUGUAACUGUGUACCUCGGCUGCCUGGGCAGGCCGUGUGGAAACCUCCUCUUAGGUGGGAUGGCUCAAAGCUAAAGGUUCCUGAAUUCCACUUGCUGUGUAGGUGCCACAUCCAUGCUUGAGAGAUGUGGGGCCUUCUACACCACUGCAUUUCUUGUGGUUGUGCUGUUACUGGUAUAAAGUCAAGUGCCUUCAAUGCUAAAGGCUCAGAAAUUUUUCUUAAACUGAUUUCAUGUCCUAUGCAAGUGUUUUCUACAACCUGCAUAACCAGUACUUUGUAAAACUUGUUUACGCUUCAAUUGUACAUAGUGUUUUUUAAAGAAAUAUAUAGUAUUUUUAUUUAGGUACCUCCAAACUUGAAUUUGUCUGUGUGAAGCAUUGUAAAACAAUACAUUUCUCUUUUGAGUACCAUUACAGUUGUACAGAGGUUUUCACUGGUUCUAUUUUUCUACUGUUACUGAUAAGCAUGUAACACUGACUUUAUCCUACAUAUAGUUGGCAUUUCAAAUAAAUGGCUUGUAUAGAA